UUUUUACUAUUUCCAUUACGAUCACGAUUUAAUACAAUAUAAUAUUAUGGUAUUUUCUUAAGGCUUGGCAUUCAUAGAUCAAUGUGAAUAUCAUAAAGUACAAAAUAAUCCAUCUUGCCAUAGAUAAUAUAGUAUCUAUGUGUAUUUUUCCCGCUUAUCAUUCAACAUAUGUUCGUGUUAUCACGACCGAAUUCGUGAUCGUGAGUUAAAAAAAAUCUAUAAGCCAAAUACAUCGAAAACGGUGUCGUUUUCUUUCUUGGCCGGUCGUCUUCCAAUCUAUCUCUUGUACCUUCGAUUCUUCAUUGCGAACGAGUUAUAAAUUUUGACGAUCAACUCACGAGCAGCCACCAUGUCGUUAUUCAGGUACUCGUAUUACGAUACUCCGGACGGCAAGGACCUCGUAAAAAAACUGUUCUACACCAACAAACAAGUGUCCAUCAUUGGGUUCGGGCUGGCGACAUCAGAGAUCAUCCUGGUCAGCAAACCUUUUGGAUAUAUGAACACCGCAUACAGGUAUGGCCAGUUGAUGGGACCGAUGUUAGCUGCCACAACAACGUUCUGUGUAGUGACUCACGUCGCCACCAACUUACGUGGCAAAGAUGACAUGGUGAACUAUGCCAUUGGUGGUUUCUCCAGCGGUAUACUAACAGGCAUACUGAUAAAACAAAAAAUGCUUGGUUUUUGGAUGGCAGUCUCGAUGGCAUGUAUCGGUGCAGCCAAGAAGCAUUCAAAACUUAACAAUUAUGAAUUCUAUCCCACUUCUCCUCAAGUUCGUAAACCAAUAUACGGAGAUUUCAGAACGCCAUACAAUAAUUGGACUUUAUAUGAACAUCGACCAAAAGGAUGGUUAGCUGCCGAAGAACGAAAGCAAUAAAUAAAAGUGUACCAACAGCAGUUCAUAUUAAUGCAAUAAGUAUGUGAGUUUACAAUUUAAGUAGUUAUGAAACAUUAUUGAUAAUAUGUUUUGUUUGUUAUAUAGUGUUUGAUUUGAAUUACAAAUACAUAUUGAUAAAACAUAAUUUUGUUUCAUUUGCAUUAGACAGUUAUUUUUUUUAUAAAUACUUGUAUAAAAAUUUAAAAAUUGUUCAAGAUUAUUAUAUAACAAAAAAAAAUUGUCUAAAAUACAACCAUCGUUUAUUUAAA